UUUUGCGUAUCCUAAAAAGUUGAUGCGAAUGUUAAAAAUGUUUAUUCCUUCGCCUCCUGUUCCUGCUGAUUCAGCUAACCAUUGCUUUUACUUUGUGGCCAACAACACACUUACAAGAAGAAUUGCUGACAUUUCUCCCGUUGACGCUUGUAAAGCUUUAAUAAGUGUAGAAACGAGUAUCCUAAACAAUACUCUUGAAUUAAGUUGGACUCAAGUUUUUCUACCUUUAGAUGGAACUCAUUUCAUAUUUUUGCAUAAUAAUGCGUUAAGUCAUCCUCCACAAGAUGGUUUUCAGUGGCCGAAUUCUCCUUUUGUUCAGUUAGUUAGUUUGAACGGUAAAGAAGAACUUAAGUUAAUUCGUAUGGCAGGCGGUUAUUCCACGGGAAGGAGUGGGUUACUCAAAACGCACUAUCAACGGGUCCAUGGGAAACUUCCGCUGGAAUUGGUUUACUACUCUCAACUUUAUGGUUUAGAUGUAAGUAAUGCAUUCGCUACCAGUAGGCAUCAAGUUUACCUUAAUACCCGAAACGAUCCCGGCGAUGGUGGCAACUCCACCCCAACGAGUGAGUUACUGCCGUCCGCAAGCACCAGGGAGCGCUUCUUUUUUGGAACUUCAAGGCUCUUAUUAGUUUAUCUAUAUAGUAUACUAUUUUAG